AUGGAUCCGUGGUAUACUGAGUUGAGUCGAAGUGGAGGAACAAGCGAUGGAGCAGACAGCGAGUCUAAUAGAGAGCCAAAUGUGAAUGAAACUCCUCAUGUACCGAUUUAUCAACAGUUCAUGUCACCCGGAGAUGCUAAUUUGGAACAACCAAUGCUGUUGGGGAUUUCUUCGGCGCAGGCUAUGCAAGCAACAGAAUCACAGUCGAUGCCAAUACAAAGUGCGUUACUGAUUCCUCCACAAAACAUAGACCAACUGGGCGAGGGAGGUAUAGCACAAUAUUCUGCAUCGCUAGAUCACGCAUCAAGCCCGUAUGGUCCUUCCGGCGCAUUCGCUAGCAUGGGCAAUGCAAAUAUUCCGCUGACAAUAGCGACGAAUAUGAUGGUGCCAAACCCUGAUACAGAACAACAUACUCCAGAGCAACCUAAACCGUAUAAUACCAUCCCUACUAUACUGUCCAAAAAGAAUACUCGACGGUAUUCACGGUCAUCCGACAGUCACCAUGGCUCUCCAAUAGACGAAUCUGUCGAAACACAUGCGACCAAACCUAUCACUAAACGAUCAAGGAUGGGCUGUCUUACUUGCAGGCAAAGAAAGAAGAGGUGCUGUGAAAAAAGGCCCCUGUGUACCGAGUGCCUGAGAUUGGGUCUAGAUUGUAUUUGGCCAGUACCAGGAACUGAACAUAGGAACAAGUCAAGAGAUUCCCGGAGCGAUAGGGACACCAUUGAACAUGAAGCUUUUGGCAAAAUUAAGGUUCUACGAGGUAUUGUUGAAUACAAAAGUAAAUAA